CCUCUGCAACCUUUCCACUUGACAAUUCUGCUGGACGUCAUGCUUCGUAUCGCCACCCGUCAGACAGCCCGUCAUGCUCUCCUAGCGCGUUCUGCAUCAACGCUCAUCUUUCAUUCAUCCCCCUCCCUCCCUCAAUUCUCCGAAUCCGUUACUCAACAACAACGCCGAUAUGCAUCCAAGAAAUCCAAGGCCAGGUCCACGGAUGCCUUCGUGCCCGGUUCGAAGCAAGUCAUCGCAGACGAAGCCGCACGCGCAGAAUAUGAGAAGGCGACCGAGCGUAUGAACUCAACCGUGGAAUGGUUCCGUCGCGAAACUGCGACGCUUGAGACGCGCGCCAUUGGCCGUGUCACGCCCGCGUUGCUCGCGCCUGUACGCGUGCGCGUCAAGGGCUCGUCGGAACCCGCGCGUCUGGAGUCUGUCGCAACUGUCGGCGUGCGGGAUGGCUCGACGCUUGUCAUAACCGCCUUCGAAGAGGAGUCUAUGAAAGCUAUCGAACAAGCACUUUACGAUGCAAAACUGCCAAGCAUUGUUCCUCACCGGCACGACAGCAUGACCAUUCGGAUACCCAUUCCCAAACCGACCGUUGAGUCACGCAAUGCCCUCUAUACUUCCGCUGCACGUCUUGCCGAAGAUGGACGCGGCCAAAUUCGCAAGCAUCAGCAAACGAGCGUCAAGAAAGGAAAAUAUGAGAAGGACUCCGUGGAAAUAGAGGAGUUCCAAAAGCUCGCGAAAGGCAAAAUUGCCGAGGUCGAUGCCAUCCUCGCACAAAUGAAGAAAGCCACGGGUUCGAAAUAGAAACGAACUUCGGCUGUUUGCAACUUAUCUUGUUAUAUUGCUCAAUGUCACGUAGAACCUAUAUCCCCAAUCGCACCUCAUUAUCGC